AUGAUAUCCAUCCAGACUGCCCGCCUCGACAUCCGCCCCCUCGUCCUCUCGGACGCGGAGGAUGUGUCAAAGGGAACACCGGAUUUGAGUAUCUCGCAGACGAUAGAUUGGAUGUUAUCUCGCUCGUUGGGACCUGAGGCCGAUGAGACUACGGUAUCCCCGACGAAGGAGGAGGAGAAGGAGAAGAAGAAGUCUAGUCCGAAUGUCAUAUUCGCGGUUCGGGAACUACAGCCCAGUGCUGCAUUUCCGGGGUCGAAGGUCAUCGGGACCAUGGGGAUUAAGCGGUUGGCGAUGCCUUUGGAUCCGGUGGGGUCGAAUCGGGUGCGCUGGGAGCUGGGGUAUGGGUUUCAUGUUGGGGCGUGGGGGAAAGGGUAUGCGACUGAGGCGGCGAGGGGGCUGCUGGGCCAUUUUGAGGAGAUUAAGCGGGCUUUAGAGGGGCAGGGGCAGGGGGCAGGGGGGGGAGGAGGAGGCGGCGGUUUUGGUUGUCGAGGGGUUGUGGGCUGCUACUGCGAAGGAGAACUUAGGGAGUCAGGCGGUGCUGAGGAAGUGUGGGUUUGGGUUGGUUGGGGAGUUUGUAGAUGA